AUGGCGGAAAAGUUUACUAUUUAUACCUCCCCUGAAUCCCAGUGGGUAGGCGUCAUGCAUUUGGCGCUGGUCGAGAAAGGUCUCAAGCAAGACGUAGAUUACGAUGUAAAGGAAGUCAGUCUUUCAAACGGCGACAACUUCGCUCCCGACUAUAUCGCAAUCAACCCCAACGGGACGGUGCCUUCUCUCACUGCCCCUUCCCUCUCCAAGCCUAUCACGGAAAGUGCCGACAUCCUCCGAUGGAUCGAUGCCAGAGGAACAAAGACUCUUGCACCUGAAGAUGCAGCUCGAUCAAAGGAGAUAGUUGAUCUCGUACACUCACCAUCCAUGAGCACCAACCUAAUUCUAUUCCAGGCACGAGAUGCAAAUGAGAUGACGAACAAGAAAAACAGCUUCUGGAAUACUUUUCUUGAAGGCCGUCAGUCACGUUUAGACAAAGAGCUCGCCGCACAGCCCAGCCACCCAUUCUAUGUUUCCAAGACGGCUGAAAAUCUGUCUGUGACUUCACUGUAUCGGGCUGAUGUUGGGCCCACCCAUGAGGAUUUCUACAAGAUGACGGACGACAUGUAUCGCACCCUGGCUGCAGGCCUUGACAAGCUCGACAGCUUGAUUGCACUGCCAUAUGCGGCUGGUUCGCGGGUUAGUGAGGCAGACUACAAUGCCGUUCCAUGGCUCUCGCACGCCAUGAUGGGGGCCGAUACACCAGUCAAAGACGUUCAAGACUUUGGACCCCUGGAACGCUUGGUUCAGAAAACGGUGCCCGAUUUCAAGAUUGGUUCGAAGACCAGAGAGUGGUGGGCAAAUAUCGCAAAGACAAAGGCGUUCAAGGAGGUGUUCCCUGCUUUGCACUAG